AGCUCAGGGUUGCAGCGAUCCUUCCGUGCACAAGCGUGCUGUUGUUAGUAAGAACAAGAAGUGUUUCGUUUUUAGUGAAAGGAUCAAGUAGCCUCUGGUGGGUGGGUGGAAUCAUUAAAGAUUUAACAAGAGGAAAAUAGGAUAUGCUGCUUUCUCUUUAACGCACUCCUGAAAUUUUAAAAAACUCACUGAAACAAAAUGGAAGGUUCUCUGGAAGAGGAGGAUGACAGCUUUACUAAUAUUUCCUUGGCUGAUGACUCAGGUAAGGGAACAUAGGUGGCUUGUUAUAAAAAUGUACGACCUAAGGGCUAAAAAUAUAUUUAGCCUUAGAGGAUAUCCAUUCUGUUACUGAAUGUGUGUUCACACAUAACAAUGCACAUCUCUUGUUAAUCAUUAGUCUCUGGACUAGGAUUUUUAUAAAGCAUUUGGAGUAAACUUUGAUGAUGGCUUUGUAAAGGCGUGGGAUUGUCACAGGCAUUUAUUUAUUUAUUAUGGCACUGAAAUAUGCCAUACUUUUGACUAUGAAGUUCUCAGAGUGCUUUGCAACUGAGCUUCAAAAUAUGCAUACAAUGUGGUGUGUAUUAAAGGGAGAGUGUUCUUAAAAGAAUAAUACUGUUUUAGAAAACUCAGUUGCUAUUGUUGAAUUAAAAAAUCUGCCCCCUGUUUCCCCUAACAAAUUAGUCCAUGUCUUGGCUCAAAGUGGAUUUUGAAUCCCUUGUGCCUCUCUUAAUUCUCCCCCACCCUUGUGGCGUUCUCCUUCAAUUGCUGCUGUCCCACACUUCCUAAAUCCGGAUAUUCCCUAGCUCUCCUAUGGAUUUUCAAAGUACAAGGACUCUCUAGGUUUAGGGAGAAGGAAGUAUGGGACAACAGUAGUUGGAGGAGAAUGCUGCAUGGAUGAGGAAGAAUUAAAAGAGGCAUAAGGAGUUCAAAAUCCACAUUAAGAUAUGGUAGGGGCAGGCCCAAAUGCUUCCAGUGGUAUACCAUUCCAGACUAUUCUUCUUGCUUGUGGAUGUGCAGUAGAGCAUCACUGUUCUCAAUGGUCACCUGAAGGUUUUGAAUAUAAAAAGCAGACUAUAGAAAUGUCAGGCACUUUGAAUUUAGAGAUAAAGCUAAAGGGACCCCUGACCAUUAGGUCCAGUCGUGGAUGACUCUGGGGUUGUGGCGAUCAUCUCACUUUACUGGCCAAGGGAGCCGGCGUACAGCUUCCUGGUCAUGUGGCCAGCAUGACUAAGCCACUUCUGGCGAACCAGAGUAGCGCACAGAAACACCGUUUACCUUCCCGCCAAAGCGGUACCUAUUUAUCUACUUGCACUUUGACGUGCUUUUGAACUGCUAGAGCAGGGACUGAGCAACAGGAGCUCACCCCGUCAUGGGGAUUUGAACCGCUGACUUUCUGAUCGGCAAGUCCUAGGCUCUGUGGUUUAACCCACAGCACCACCUGCAUCCCGAAUUUAGAGAUACUAUAGCCUAAAUACCAAUGAUUCAUAGGAAGUUCCUCAACAAGGCAAUUAGACACUUUUGCACCCCCCAAAAGAGCAAAAUGUAUGCAUAAUUCCACAGUGGCAGACUUGGGCUUUAAAACUUCAGUGGCGCCCUGUGUGACACCAAAAUUCAGUGCCCCCCCCAGCCUCUCACCUUCACUUCUACAUCAUUGAGGCACCCUCUUGGCUCAGUGCCCAGUGAGACCAUUGUACUCCCCUAGAUCUGCCUCUGCAUUCUGACUCCUCUUGAACCUGUACUAUGGUUAAAUAAAUGACUAUCUCUCAGGAUGCACAUGGUGGAAAGUUGCCCAAUGCAGAAAAUGUAUCUGCAAUAAAAGCUCUAAAAGCGCCCCCCAGAAGUGAUAGAUUAUACUAUUUGCCUGCUAUAUGAGGGGCGCAGAGCUUCUGUUGAUGCAACUGUGGUAUAUUGCAAAUAUUCAUGCAAAAGUGCCAGAAAGUCUUUACCAGUCCUGAUUAUGCCUCUCAUUUCUAUUGAAAGCAAUGACAGCUGGCUUUAGAAAAUUUUAAUUAGAACCUGGAAUACAUUAACUAUGGCUAAUUAUCACUGUGCUAUGAAAAUGUGCUGUUCUCAUAGGCAGAAGAUAAUAUCAGGUUAUGAUACCAUUAAUACCUGGCUAGAGUGUAGUCCUUAACCACUGACUGUUGCUGCUGGAGAGGGAAGGAUAUAGUGGAUAUGUUCACAUGCUGGCCACUGCAAAGGCCUCCACUGUGGCUGCAGAAAGUGUGGUGGAUGAUAUGCUACUAUGAUAGCGUUUCUGCUAGUGUAGUGUCCCAAACUGGAACAUUAUAGGGAUGAGGUGGGGUGCAGCGGAGCCAAGCCGAGCACAGGAUUAGGCACAGGAAGCUGCCUUAUACUGACUCAAAUAUUGGACCACCUAACUCAGUACUGUCUACACCUGGAGUGGGUAACUGGAUCUGCCUGGUGGGACAAAUCUCCCCACUCCCCGCUAGGGUCAACAUUGACAGGUGGGUGAGACCAUUCAUCUGUCAAUCACCUGACACCAUAAUGCUGUAAGGUGGUUGAUACCUGUCUAUGUUCAAAGGAGGUAGCUGUAACUGCCAAUCAACUGAUUGUCGGUUAUGGUGACCUCCUUUGAGGACACGUUUUCAGUACCAAUCAUCUGAUCGGCGCUAGAAGUGUGCCCACAAGUAAACUCCCUGUAACCAACAGUCAGCAGAUUAUCGGUUACAUGGAACUCGGAAGCCUCUGCAGAGGGCGAAAUUCUCCUAAAAAUGAAGCAUUUCCCCCUUUUCAGAGAAAGCUGUUGAAUACAGAGUGGUUUCUCAAGAGAGAGAAAAUGCUCUUUUAAUAAAUGGAGCACUGCUUUAUUCCCAGAAAAAAGAUAAAUGUAUUCAAUGAAUUGGAGGAAGCACUUUGAAUAAAUUCAUCUUCUUCUAUAAAGAAAACAAUUAUCAGUUUUUUAAAGGUGUAUUUUUUCAUUCUCCUGAGAAAGUGGAUUGGAUUUAAAUCACUGGAGCAAGUGCUUUGAAUCCAAGCUGUUUCCUCUAGCCAUGUCAGCUGCUAAGGGGCCUCCUGAGCUCCUUUGGCACUAAGGAAUUGCCUUCCACCCUGGCCAGUAAGGGCUUUCAUACCCUCCAACAUUUCUCUGAUGAAAAUAGGGACGUAGCAUUCCAUAAUGAUAAUUUUACUAUUGAUACCUCACACAUCUUACUGUGUUGCCCCAGCCACUCUGGGCAGCUUCUAACACAUAUAAAAACAUAAUAAAACAUUAAACAUAAAAACCUUCCCUAUAAAGGAUUGCCUUCAGAUGGCUUAGGGGUCAGAUAACGCCAUACCCUCCAACAUUUCUCAAAUGAAAAUAAGGACAUCCUAAGGAAAAGUAGGACAUUCCAGGAUCAAAUCAGAAACUGGGAUGCCUUCUCUAAAUCAGGGGCAUCCCUGGAAAAUAGGGACACAUGGAGGGUCUGGGCUUUGAAUGUGGCAGUUCUGCCCUGCCUUGUCCCACUUCUCCCAGCCAGAGAUUAAAAUUGCUCUGCCAAAAGCAAUCUUAUACAGUACCUGGGAACAAGCCCCACUGAACUCAGUGAGACUUACUUCUUUCAUAUAUAGGAUUGCACUUUCAGAGAAAUAUAAGAAAAGAAUCAAGAGAAAAAUAAAUGAACUAGCACUGUUUCAUAUUUACACUUCAGUCAGUUUUGACUUCUGGGCUCCUGGUGCCUUGCUCUUCAAAAAAAUCUCUUUGUAAGAUUGUAAUAUGAAAAUCCAUAUAGCUCAAGUGAAAGAGCUAACUAUAUAAUGUCUUAAUGAACACGUAAAUGAGUAGUACAUUACUAAUGGCAAUUUUUAAGUCAUUCCAGAAGCAGAGUGAGUUCUCUUAAUUUUCUUUAAGCAACACUGACAGGGCAUUAAUCUCUUGAUGAGCUGCUUUAUAAAAUAUUACAUUCAGUGUACUGCUCAUACAAUUAUUAUAUUAUAUUGAUUUUCUCUAUGAAAAGAAUGAUAGAGUAGGAUUACCAUAUUUUCAACUGGCCUUGUAUCUGUGCCUUUAAUAGCAACCUAAUGCAGCAAUGAAGUACGUGAAGCCUUUAAAGGGCAUGGGAAAAAGUAGUCAUGAAGACUACACCUUUACUUCUUUCUUUCCAUGGGUCAACUCUGGUAUCCCAGCAGCCAGUGACCUACCAGGUCCCCCUUUCCUACCUAUUUAUGCUUAUGUUUUUUCAGUCGUUCAUCAUCUUAUGACAAUGGCAACAGACUUAUCCACAGGCUGGGCAGCAUUUCACCUUUCCCCCAUUUAUUUUAAUCCUUCCCAUUGUUUAGAGACAACAGGAGACUCGGAGCCCAUUGAUGCCCCCAUCUUGGUUUCCCCACAGUGUACUUGAAAUUAUUGUGCUGUGUCAUGAUUGGCUACUACCUCAAUGGUGUGCAUAUUCCUAGCGUUGCAGCAUGGCUGGCUGCUGAACUAGUUAAAAUUUCAUCUUCUGAUGUGGUCAGGCUGGUGCUGGGAGACUUGGAGUCACAUACAGUUGCUUGGACUCUCCACUUUCUCUGCUUCUGGUGUUUUCGCUUAUCCUAUACCUUUUGUUGGUAUAGCCUCCCUCUGCUCUGGGGAGACAGAGCUCUGAGUGAGCAUACAAUUUUGAUUAAACUCUGCAUCUGCCCUCCCCAGUUUUGUUGAUUCUCCUUUUGCACUGGCCAUUUACCACUAGCAAAGCAGUUACUGCAGUGCAAUGGUAACACAGAAUGUUGGCAUAAACCUAGUAUGCUGAUCUCAUAUUCUUUUCUGCUGGAUUUAGUAGAGAAGCUGUUUCUACCUAAGGCAGCAACUUAGACGACUGUCAGCAUGCUUCUGUCCUUUAGAACAAGGGUAGAGAGUCUGAGGCCUGGGGGUCAAAUGCAGCCCUUCCUUUCCCCCAUCAUGUGUCUCUUGGGGCUCUCUCCAGCCACAGUCCUCGCCAGCCCUGCUUUACACCCUCCAUGAAUGUUUUUGCCGGCUGGAAUGCUGCCUUCAACUCUAAUAAUGUCUCUUGGUUGCCUGGGUGCAGAACACCAAGGAGUGUAUGAGUGUAUACACAAAAUAGCCUACUGUACAAAGGUAAAAUUUACAUUUGUUGCUCCACUCACUUAUACCUCUUUCACCAACCCACCACUGACAUGCAGUCCAGCAAUAUUCAGUGCAACUAUUGUCUUUUCCUUGAGUCCUUAAUGAAAUGAACUGGAAACAGGGGAACUGGCGUGCUCUGACAAUAUCAUAGAAGUAGCUCAAUGGCCAGAAGCCUAAAAUGACCUCUUGGUUGCUAAGUUGGUUUAGCAACCAGUGAAGCAAGCCAUCUCAUAGGGGGAGAAACAGAUUUCCUUCAUUCUAGCAACAUUUCACUAGCCAAUGGGAGAGUGUCACAGACAAGUUCCAAAGUCACAGCUACAGAACUGGAUGCCUGUUUGCAGGGAUUUGAAAGGAUUAUGUAGGUUUUAAAAGGGCCUUUUCUGAAGGCAAACAGCUUGAAGCAGCUCUAAUUAUAUUAUCUGUAUGACAGAAAGGGUGAGGAUCAACUGUAAAUCCUUUCAUAUAUUGAAUUACUUAUAUAUUUAUAAACUGUUGGAAGUGAAGUAAAACAAAAACCCCAAAGCGAAUUUCCAUCUACAUAGCUUUUCUGCUGCACUACUUAUUGUGUAAUAUUAAGUGGGCCAUAUAUUUUCUACUAGGUAACUGCCUACUAGUUUGUCAGGAGUGCUGUGGAGUAUUGUGGUGUCCUUAACCAAUCUUCCUUAUCCAGCUUGAGCAUUUAUUGCACUGCACUUUACAUCAGGAGUGAGAUUGACAGGCAUCCGUAAUAACAAAUGCUUCUGAAAAGUCAUGCUAACUAGGCUCAGCCAAGACGUAGCCUCCCUCCUUGCUUGCACUUUGAAAGGGGAUUCUGAAGAUGCCUAUGGGCAAAAAAGAUAGCUUGAUGUCAUUUUGAUAUCAGGUAACUGACAGGUGGGUAUCACUCUGCCCACCUGCCAAACCUGGAUCGUGAGGAGUCGUGGGGGGUGGGUAAUAAUCUGGCCUGUAAAUCAGCUCUAUCACCCCACCCCUGUUCUAGAUAAAUGGGAGUAAGGAAAUUUCUGAUAACUAGAAGUGCAUAAACACCCUAACUGAAAGAAAACACAGGUCUUACAGUUAAUAGAAGGGUUGAAGAAAGUUACAUCGCUUACCCCAUACAUUAAGUUCUUCAGAGGCAAAUAGCCUUCACAAAGAGGCUGAUAAAAAUGUUCAGCUGUACAAGGUUGCAAUCUUAGACAUCUUAAUCUGGAUCUAAGUUCCACUGAAAUCAGUGCAAACCUAUUUCCAAGCAAUGGCUAGGAGUCAAAUAACUUCUUUUAAAAUUUCACUAGCAAACCACUAUGCCAUAGUUCCAACGCACCUCAUUAUCAAUGCCAUCAGAGCCCUACUGGUCCAGCAGAAUGACCAGGAGGCUCUCCAAAUGCAGCACGGCUGGCUGACCACAUUUUUAAGCAAGUGAAUCAAUACACAUGGCCAGCUAAUGAGAGAGACAUCAUAAGAGUCCAGAGUCUAAAGGAAUCUCACUGCACGACUGACACCUCAGUUUCAAAAGCGGUUUGCGGUGUAGCAGUGGAGAAAACUGUUUUAGGCCCACCUAAACCCACAGAAAUAAUUUGGCAUGAUAUGUGUUAAUUUGGGACAGGGGUGUAAGUUGUCAUACCACUGUGGGAUUUAUACAACUGGGGCUACAAAUACAUUUCUACAUCCUGGAAACAACUGAAAUUAUUUACCAGAAAAAAGCAUUUGCAAGUCCCCUCUCUAGACAGCAGAGGUCUCCCUAACUCUGCCCUUUUUAUUAGUUCCUCGGUAUAUUUUCAACAUUUCUCUUUUCAUUCCACCUGAAAUUUUGUUCCUCAAUGAAACAUGUCUAUGGGGAAACAAUAUACUCUUAAAAAAAAAUAUAUUGGUAUAUUCAUAUUGUUUUUAUCCUGAUAAGCACCAGUAUAACCACCAUUAUUUCUUGACAUGUAUUUUGCAAGUGUUUCUGGUAUAAGAAUUUAUACAUUUGCUAAAUUGUGAGUUUGCAGAGAGGAGUGUUGAAAAUUAGCUAGUUUGCUGAAAAAACAGGGCUGAAAAACCUGUGACCAUGCAGAUGUUUUUGGACUUGAACUCCCAUCAGCCCCAGCCAGCACAACCAAUAGUCAGGGAUGAUGCAUGUUCUGGUGACUGGUCCAACAACACCUUGAGGGACACAGGCUCCACACCUCUAAGAUAAGCCCUAUGCCUUAUACCACCACACCUUACAAGAGCCGUUUUCGUACAUUACAGUGUAGAAGGUUCUAUAGAUAUACUGAGGUUGAGCACUGUUUAGGGAAGGGAGUGUAUUUCAUCACGCACACAAUAGUAAGAAAAUUCAGCUCCCACAGCACAGGGUGACCUACAUCUGUGUCACUUUCACCAUUCAAUCUCUCUUAUUCCCUCUGAACCCUUAACUUACCACUGACCCAGAAACUGUGGGGUGCAGGCAUAGUACAAACACACAUGAAUGUAACAAAGGCAUUUACAUUUAUAUGCCACAUUACAUGAUUUAAGUGCACACGCUUAUCUGGUUACUUUAAAAUCAUAUUGCUAGGUUUAAACGUGUACAUACUAUGUUAACUUGUUCCUGACUCUUUAAAUAUCAAACGCUUAUAUUCAACUAUUAAUGUUAAACUAAGACACCUUCAAAGAAGCAGUUAAUUACUCUAUUAAAACCCUUUAGCCAAAUAGCUUUUUUAUUCUCUCCACCCAUUAAGCCUCACUAGCACUGUAACAGAGCUCAGCAUCUUUUUCCAACCCUUUACUAACCUAUUGAAGCACAGGAUUGUCCUGCUGUACUGCCCUAGAAAUCUUCCCUCUGGUACUCCAUAGUGGUAUAAUGGAAUGGGGAACCUCAGGCUUGGGGGCAAAUGGGACAGGUGUGUAAGUGUGUGUAGAAACUAGCCUACUGAAAAAAAGGUAAAAUUAGCAUUUACUGCUUUGUACGCUUUUACCUCUGGUCCUAGCCACCACUGGCAUGUGGCCCUUGGAAGGUGGCCCAGAGGGGGGCCCUUGGUCAGAAAAAGGUACCCAUCUCUUGUAUUGCAACAUCAUGGAAGACCACUGUGAUUUCAAUAAGGGUUUAGGCGGUGCCUAACAAUUGCUCCUCCCAUGCCAAAUUCAUGCCUAGGUAUGGGCCUGAAUCCUCCAAGGAGUUAAUUCCAUCUCUUGUAGGCAGCAUUGCCAUGUAGAAGUUAUGCCAAGAGAGUGUACAGUCUGAGAGUGUCAUAGGAACCCUCUUAGUACUGGAUAGGGGCUGCGUGCCAACCAUUGAAGUCCAUCUGGUCCUAGUCCAUUCAGGUGACCACAUGAUUAUUGGGGAUACUCUCCUGGCCUUGCAAGAACAUCCUCAAGGUCAUGUGAAUGUAAACCAAGGAACAGGCUAAUUACUUGAGCAUCAAUUUACUUGAGCAGCAUAGUAAGGCAGUACAUAAAGGAAAGACGCAACCUGUUUCUGGAAAGAGAAUCCCAUCACAGUGCUUGAGCCAGUCUAAGUGUUGCAUCUCGGCUGUCAGGAGUCUAACCCUGCUGCCACAUAGAGGCAACUGAAAAGGGCCUCAGGCUUACCUGUUUUGCUUUGUUUAUUCUUCUUAUCCUACGAAUAAAAUCUGCAUAAGGAACAAACUUCGCAUUUGUUCUCUAGUCUCCUCUAGCUAGUUUCUUGCAAUGCUUCCUUCAAAAGUGCCACAGCAUUCAGUUUGACCCAACUGUCUGUAGGGUUGCAGCCCUUGGUCAUGAUGUUGACCAACCUUGCCAUGUUGUUGCGACAAUUAAAGGUGAGGCAAAGCACUGUGGAGAGUAGGAAAUAAAUAUGAGCGACUCAGCAAAGUGGUUUCAGCGUUGGUCCUUCUCACCAUGUUCUUGUGACGAUUAAAGGUGAGGCAAAGCCCUCUGGGAGAAGAGUGGGAAAUAAAUGUGAUUACAGCCUCGGACUAGGACCCAGACUAGGUUUCAAAUCUCCCCUCAGCCACGAAGCUCCUUGGGUAACCUUAAGUCAGUCAUUCACUAUCUCUUUCACCUAAGCAGGUUGUAGUAGUGAAGAUACCAUGAAAAGAAGGAGGGGAAAACCACGUCCGCUACCUCGACCUCACUACAGGAAAUGUGGGAGACAAAUGCAGUUACAAAAUAGGAACAAGCAUUUGUCGCUUCAGAGCAUGGCAGUGGGAGGUUCCUUCGUUUCCUUUGUCGGUGAACAACCCCUGACACACGUCGUUCUGUCUUAAAAAGUGUUUCCUCAGGUUGCGGAAAGAUGUCUUGUGACUGGAGCGGGAGGUGCUUAUGACGCAGCCCUGGGAAAGAAGCGGCGUUUGGGACGUGUUUGUUUGCAGCCGGUGCCGCUCUGCUCUCUUAUGAAUUAAAGCCUUCAUUCAGGCCCACGACUUGAGGGACGGGGGGGGGGCGGGGAGAGAGAGAGGGAGAGAAGGGACUAGCGAUGGGAGGUGUCUGCCCCUGUCAUCCCUGUUUACUACUCCGCCCUGCGGAAGCAGGCCGGCGAAGGCGAAGAGACUCCGCCCCCACAGCCGAUGGAAGCGUCUGCCGAUGUCUCCCUCCGCUUAUUGGCUGCCUCGCGAAGGGCCGUCCGCUUUCGUUUGCUGUGAUUCGAUAGCUGGCUGGGCCGUCUCUCUCCCCUUAAGCCCGCCGUCUCCCUCCUGCCUCCCACCCCCCCCUACCCCGCCGGUUGUUUUCAUGGAGCAAAGCGCGUGCGCUGCCGGCCGGGCGAAGGAGAAGCUGCGCAGUCGCAGUUGGCCGCUGUUGAACUAGGCGAGGGUUGGGGUCCGAGGGCAACCUGGGCAGGUGGGGGAGAGGUGAGUAGGCGCGCGCUUCCUUUGCCUGGGGACCUGAGCGGGAGGCGGGGCUCCCUGCUUGCGGGUUGGGAGGGCGAGACGACCGGUGGGUGGAGGGGAUGUGCUGGCAGGGGGAGGGUUUCCUCCUCCCAGGCUCCGCUUUCAGGAUGCAGCAUCUAAUCUGGUUUUUGGGGGGAUUGCUGGGUGGUGCUUUUUCUUCUUCUUCUUCUGGGGAGUGCGCAAGAGAAAGCUCUGGAGCGCUGGGUUCUCCGCCUUUCCGGUAGCAGCGACGUUGCCUCCUACCGAGGCGUUGUGGGUGGAAUGAAAAUGAACAAGCCUCUCUCAAAUGCCAGCCUUGCUUAUGAGGGACCCAACAUCCCCUGACGUUAAUAAUCGCCAUCCAUUUCUUGUAUAAGGAUGGCUCUCUCUCCUUUCACCUGCCUGGCAAUAGGGAACGCAACCCUGUAGAGCAGAAAUAUACAGCAUUAAAACUAUGAGUUUCUUCGAAGAUGUGCAUGUGAAAUGUUAUGGUACUAUACGGACGCUGUGAGUGAGCUUAAAGACAACAUACAGCGUGAGUCUUUUAAAAGAGGCCCCGUGGAACAUGUGUACUCUGUAUCCACCGGGCCUCUUUUAAAGAACUCACCCUGUACAAAAUUACAUUGCACCCAGUAGUGUGGGACCCUAGACCACCACCUGAAGUUAACAUUCAACAAGCUUGAAAUUCGACAUAAAUCAUUCUUGUUUUUCAUUCAGCUGUUUCAUUCAACUGUUACUGCUGAUGGCUGUAGUAUAAUUUGGUUAAAAUAGUACAUUAAUAGAAGCUAAAUCGAUAUGCAUAACUUAAGAGAUUAUUAAUAAAACAAAUUGCAUACUGCCUUUCAUUUCAGGGAAACACCAAGAUGGCUUUCAGAACAGUUAAACAUCAACAACAUAUAAGAGCCACAUGUUUUAUGGAUUAUUUCAAUGUUUUAAUUUUUUGUAAACAUUUAGAAGCUUUAUUGCAAUCAAACAGUAUAAAAACGUAAAUAGGCUUGAGUCAAUGAAAGUCAAUGAAGCAUCCUAUCAGUUAUAGGAACCAGAGAUGCCAAGAGCCAGUAUUAAUAGUCCAAGAAAACUUGGAUGGAGAGGUAUGUUUUAAAUUGCUGGCAGAAGUAACCAACAGUCACUCAACAGAUGCCUACCUGAUCAGUUAUUAACAAAGAUGCUCAAAGCAUAUAUCACAUUGCAAAGUGUGUCCCAAGAAUGUUGAAAUAGGUUGGUGCAGUUGAUAUUGGUGUGCAAAAUGUGGCAGAUUUGGCUGCUGCUGGAAAAAUAACUGUUGGGUCUUCCUUAGGAAUAUUGUUUUGCUUCCUUUUUCUGGAAAAGUUCAAUUUUACUACUUUUUUUUAAAGAAGACAAAAGCAGAUUUGUCUAUUUUCACAGCAAUGUUUUGUUGAAGUUUAGAUAACAAAUGCUACCCUUCUAAAACAUUCAACUAUAAAACCUGGUUCUGCAUUUGUACAUACCGUUGACAAAAUUUUAUCUUCUUUAAGCAGAGUACAUUUCUGAAGUACAAGAUUCACCAGUGGAUUGGAUCUGUUCAACAAUGAUGAAUGCGGAUAUGGAUGGUAUAAAGCAUUUUUUCAACUUAAUGUUUUCCCUCUUGUGUAUUGUAAUACUGUACUUGGCUGCACUAAAGAGCAUCUCUUUUUUACAGCUGUUGAGGCUGAAAAUCAAGUGGAAUUGGAAGAAAAAACACGACUUAUUAAUCAAGUUUUGGAACUCCAGCAUACACUUGAAGGUUAGUUUCUUAAUUCAGAAGGUUAACCUAUCUACAUGCAGAAUUACUUUAAGGAUGAAACUUAUCAUUGAUACAGGCUGCAGUUUUGAUUGAGCUAAGAUGAUGUUCCUGCAAAUUCUGUUAAAUGUGGUGGGGCAUAGAACCAACAAGGGGUUUCACAUUGUGACUAUGGGUGCAGUGCAUUUUGUUCCCUCCCUUGCCAUUUAUACUAUAGUGUGCCUUAGCAUUCUAUAUUUUGCUCAGCAUGUACAUGAAACUGUUGAGUAAGGUCAUCUGGGGUUUUGGAACACAGUAUCAUCAGUAAGCUGAUGUCUCUCAGCUCUAUUUCUUGUUUUCAUUAAAUUCAGAUGAAGCUGUGGAAGUGUGAAUGGUCUAGAUGAUGGUAAUUCCUGAUAAGUUGCCAAUGCUGUUGGUUAGUGGGAUCAACUGUGUCAGGGCAGGUUUUGGACCGGGUUUGUAGCCUAGGGAUGUUAUUAGACCCAACCCAUUUUUAAAGGGGCCUGAAUGGCCUCUUUAGACAUGAAGCGCUUUUCGUCUACUAACACUGAUAUUUAUCUACUAGCACUGAUACGCUGGCUACAGCCUUUCCUAGACAGAGAUAGAUUGACCACAGUUGUUCAUGCUCUAAUAAUGUUCCAUUUAAAUAAUUGCAAUGCAUGUGGCACCCUGACUCUGGAAUACUUUUCCUAGGAGGCUUGCUUGGGGCAGGGACUAAAUUUGACACUGGGUUACUGCGUGUUUUAAGAACAUUUUAUUGGAAAGCAUUGGAUAAACUUUCACUAUACAGAAUGUCUUUAUAAUGGGCUUUUCUUUUCAUGUGACUAUUUCUACCAUUUAGUUAAAACUCAGAGUAGAGCAGAUGUUGUGAUUUGCUUCUAAAAUUCACCUUGUCCUUCCAGAUCUGUCUGCAAGAGUAGAUGCUGUUAAAGAAGAAAAUCUGAAACUGAAAUCAGAAAAUCAAGUUCUUGGACAAUAUAUAGAAAAUCUCAUGUCUGCCUCUAGUGUUUUUCAGACUACUGACACAAAAAGCAAACGAAAGUAAGGCACUGGUAACCAAACUGUAACAUUGUAUUUGCUGCUGCUUUUGUUUAAUUUUAAAAUUGCAUAUGGCUACAUGACUUAAGUUAGUUUGUAGCAUCAUUGAAUAUUUGAAGAUUUAUUGGCAGUGCUAGACAAUUUUAAAUGAACAACUGGGCAGUGCAAGUCUAUCGUGUUAGCUUUCAACAAUGUGCAGAGAUAGUGUAGAGGAAAUAUUUAUUACACAGUUUGAAGGCAAGAGUUUUCAACUCGGCUUUUAUGUUAGUCAAAACAUGUCAUAAGCUGCCAAGUACUUUAGAUAUCUUAAUUUUUACAGUGGUACUACUGUUCACUAGCAGAAUAAUACAGUGUUGUGUAGAGUGAUGUGAAAAUCCUUAUUUGGAAUGAGUUAUUUGCAUGACUUUCCCUGGGCUCCAAAAAAGUUGUAACACUCCUCAUCCUUCAUCUCCUCAAUGGCGUUCUACAUUCUUCUAGAUAAGACCACAAAAGCUUAGCUUUUAAAUAUUACUUUGAAAGCAAGUGAAGGAUUUAAUAUUAUUACAUACCAGCAAUUGCUUACAAAAUUGUGAAUGGUUGAAAAACCACUGCAAUACCUGCAUAACUUUUCAGAACUGAUAAGUUAACAUUAGGAAAACACACCCUGCUUUAAAUUAUAUUGCAAGGAAAGGGAGUCACAUCUUGGCCUUCAUUGUUUUGCAAUCUCUUAAAAGUGGCCUCCCCUAUUUACAAAAUAGCGAGUAGCAUGGUAAUUUAACUGCCAGAUGUAAUGGUCAUUAGUGGUACAAGCUCAACAGAAGUAUCUUUGUGAACAAUUAGUAGGUAUUUAAGAAUUUUCACUAAACAUGGAUGCAGUCUAUAGUUCUUUUUCUGCAUAAUCCUCAUUAACUGCUGCUAGCCUUUAGCUGACACAGAAUGUUCAGCCUUUCAGGAUUAGAAUACUUGGGGUUUUCAAAGCAUGAAGUGUGCCUUUGAAAUAUUAAAGAAAUACUAGCAGUUGUUGGAGAAGGCACCAAGUUACUCUCAACCUAUGACAUAGCCAUUCAUUCUGCAUAGGCUCAACAAGGCUUACUUGGAUAUGCCAACGUAGUGGGAUGAGCAAGCGAAUCAAUCACUAUCAUGUAUGCAUAGCAGCAGUCUCAUGUCUGUGAAUACACAUUACAUUAAGUGGAUAAAUUAUGACAACUUCAUACUUUUGAUAAAAUGUUGCUGUUGCCAGACAUCACAUGUUGACAGAUUAGCUAGUUCAGCUGGUAGGGGACAGGACUAUGUGGAAUAAAGCAGUUUCUACUUAGGUCAGUUCUAGCUUUGUUUGGAAUCUUAUUGCUGCUUCCUGACUUCUGGUUUAAGGGAAGAUUUCAUUUCUUACCUAAGCAACAGGUCACUUUUCUCUUUGUGGGGAGGCUGGCAUAUUGUCUGAGAUUAUAUGUCCAAUAGAAGUCUGAGCUCAUCACAGAAUAAUUCUUACCUUCAGGAUUCACUGUUAUAUAGCACAAGCUAGUAGUGUCUUUGCAUUCCAGCUGUCAGUAUUAUAAACAAUGGAACCUAAUUUGAGGCAUUAGAUUCCAACUAAAACAUCCCCAUCACUGGACAUACUUUAAUAGACAAAAGUAAAUUAAAGCUUUCUCUGGCAUAACAAGGGUUUAGAAUCUAGAGAGUGUAAAAACAUUCCUAAAACGAGUGUAGUGCAAGAUCAAGGCAAGAUAAAUAUAAACAGAUGAGUGUGAUGUCCACUCUAGGGAAGUGGCUUUCCAACUUGGCAUUUACACAUUGACUUGUUUGCCAAAUAACCUUUGUGUAUCUGACAUAGAAAUUGUUUUGGAGAGCAUUAUGGGACAUGUUUCAUGGCGCAUAACCAAGCCUAGCUUGUGCUUGAGUCAAGCACUCCAUAUAAGCUACCUGUGACACACCUCUGUAGCUGUGCAUUGUAGAACCGGUAAACUGUCUUUUAAAGAAACUUGUCCGCAUUAUGGCUUUUCUCAUUGAGGAAUCUGUGGCUGUUAGAACAUAAUUUGGAACACACCGUUCUACAGCCCUACCUAAAUUGUGAACUCUUUCUUUAGGUGGCAUGUGCCUGUUACAAUUUAGCCUUGAAGAGUGCCAAGGCUGGUGGUUUUAGUAUUAGGGUGGGUUGUAAACCAACUGAACUAAUGCAGAUCACCCUAAUUUCAGCUCAGAAUUUACUUCCUCUUUCCCCCAACUCCUUACUGAGUUGGCGGGGGGGGAGCUGGAAUACAGAUGAUGGUAAGAAGCUGAGGAUUAUUUCCUUACUCUCAGCCAUAAAGGCUUUAUUCAAGCCUCUGUUGCAAAUAGGUAUUCUAGAAAGUGUACAUUUUUUUCUUGCUACUGAAUAAGCAAAAGAACCUUGGAAAAUUAACUCAACAGUUCUUUUCCCUACCCAUUUCUUUCAACUCAGUAGUUAAAUUUGAAAUGGAGAAGGGAUUUGGAGAAGGUAUGGAACUGGUGCAAGAGAGGAUUGCUCCCAUGAAGGACAGGUCAGGAAAUCUGUAACUUGGUGUAGUGAUUAGAGAUAUGAUUUUUCAGAGGUUUGGAUAACUUUUGGGUUCGUGUGGGACAAGGCUUUUUCAGGACUUCCCCACGAGUGGGCUUUAGACAUCACAGUUAUCUGCAUUUCCAGAGGCAAUUGAGGAUUAGCAGGGACUACUAAGUAGUACACAAGCAAGGAAUACACCACCUAGUCUUUUUGUAGGAACUUCUUCCCACACUAGUGUGUGGGAAGGUGCCAUCUUGAUAUGAUCGGGUAGAAGAUUGUUAAUGUAAUGCUGAAUUUUGGUGUCCUAGAUAGUUGUAACUGUAAAGAACCUUACUACUGUGGCCUUUGUUAAACUAACAGUUGUGCUGUAUUUCGGAACUUGUAUGAAAUAAAAGCUUUCAAGUUUCUCUCAUUUGGUCUGUUACUAGAAUCUUUUUGAAAGUUUUACUAGUUAUAGCAUGUGCCAUAGUUGUAAAGUAGAAGUAUGCUAGAAGCAUUGUCCUUUCUUUGUACCAUUAGUAGUUUGCAUUAAGUAGGCAAAAAAAUAGGCUCCUAUAAGAAAUCAGAGCUGCCCUUCUGUCCUCUUCUGCCCUUCAGACUUUUGGCACUUUCAGUCUGCUUUGUAUUUUAGACACAAGGGACCACUUUAAACUGUUUAAACAGCUUAGUGCUAUAAUGCAUAUAGCUAGUCCAUAUUAUUAGGUUUAAUAUGGAAUGCCUCAUUGGGAUUUUGAAAAUGAUAGUGACAAUUGCUGCCAUUUAAUUAUAGGAAUGAGUAUCUUCCCCCAAGUAGUAGUAUACUUACCUGAUACAGCAAUUCUGCUAAACUGGGGGCUCUUGCUGUUGGGGAAAUAUACUCACUGAAUGCCCUCUGCCCACCUGAUCCCUAAAUGACUCAUUAACAUGCAUUCUGCUCCUGAUAGUCCAGUCUUGCAUGAGGCUUCAGUUGGUCUUCCACCUAUAUCUUACUGGUUUCAGUAAUGUUGCAGCAUCAGAUGUGUAUUUACUGAGCCCAUUCAAGCAGUUAAGUAUUAUUCUCGCCACUUGUCUAAUGGAAAACAGACUAGUUCAAGAUACCUUGCAUUUGUGCCCCCUAUCUGAAGAGGAAGUUUGCAGCUUGUCAGUAACCCACCACUAUCAUAGCACUAUGAGAAUAGGCUCUUAACAGGGAAGAGAAGUUGUUUCUCAGCAAUAGUUGGUCUCAGUGGUUAGGAUAAUGAAACAAAGUAGCAACAUUGCAACAAUCCAUAUUCCUAUAUUCCCAUAUUUAAGACUGUAAUCCUAAUACCCAUUUGCAAGCUUCAUUGAAUGUAAUGGGAUUUAUGUAUAGGAUUGUCCCUCUAGCAGGUAAAAGUAAAGCAUGCAAACGUCCAACUAUUUUUGAACUACAGUAAGAAUUAAUGGUGUUGUAUUCAGGUGAUUUAGUGGUCACAUCUGCACCACUUCUUAGGAAAUGUAGUAUCAAUGGAAAAUAGGAUUUAAAUCAAUCCUCUCUGAACUUGCCUACAUUGAGGUGUACAUAUAGCUUCUUUUAAAAAGUAACGUUUGAGGGCUAUGCUGAAUAUAGAAUGUUAUGGUUACAGUAUAUAUUUACUAGUUUACUUCUAAGGAGAGUCAUUUCAGUCAUUCCAAAAAAUACAGGGAUUAAUGAGUUUAACUUAAGCAGAACAGAUUAUAUUAAAAGUUUUAUUCAGGAGGCAAUAUACACUUAGCAAAUAUUUUGUAAACGGGUUAUGCCAUUCUGGCUUGAAACAUGAAACUAUAAAAAUGUGAAAAAUUCUCUUGUACACCAUUGUACUUGAAUAGAGUUAACAUUUUUUGCAUUUAAAUGUAAAGCAUGCUAUUAUGACAAUGCAGUUCUCUGUAAAACAAAAACAGCAGCAACUGCUAACACAAACUAACAUGUGACGCACAAACUGUAGGUUGACAUUGCAGUAAAGGAAAAAAAGGUUGAUAUAAAAAAGAGCCAAAACAGUUCUUGCAUUCAGCUCAGCAAAGAGUUGGCAGUCAUCUCUUCUUUCAAGGCAUCCAAGUGGAUGUUGCAUCUACUGUUCAUGCCUUUUAUCUAAAGUGUAAUUUGUGCUAAAGCUGGAAAAUCCCAUUUACAUGAGGUUUAAAAAGGGUAAUAUUUUGAAGCCAAAUCAUUUCCAAAUGUUUAUUAUCUAAACAACGUCAAAUAAUAUUUACAAUAAAUCAGACAUAUCACCAUUUUUUAUUCUAUGAAGUAAAGAAAACAGGUAACUUCACAAGUCGGAGCGUUUCUUCAGAAUAAAGGAAAAGUCUGACAAGAUUAAGAUGGUCUGGAGAAUGGAAACAGAGGAGUCUAAGCUGAGUUCAGUCUUUUGGUUAAGACUCAACAACUUGCAUGCUGUUAGGCAAGUGAAAACUGCAUGCCUAUGUUCUGUAACCUGGACCUGUCAAUACUAGGUGGAAACAAGUUAGUCCUUUCGUACUCUUCUUUUACGCACUGCUUUUGCCGGCCCAUCACCAGAUCCUGUGCUUUCAUCUGCUUCUUUCAUCUGCAGGGGGUGGGGAUGGGGAGAGAGAUGCAAUCAUCUUUCCAAAAUAUAAUAUAGUUCAUAUUCUCUACCCAAACAAUGUCUAAACUGUUGAAUCCACUGGAGUUAAGCACAAUUAAGCUGACUGAUUUCAGUGGCUUAAGGGAACUUAAUUUUGCUCAGAUUCAGGCCCAUGUUUGCUUCUCAAAGUACUUAAUUUUUAGCUUUUAUGUUUGUUCUUUCUUCACAUAAUAAAAUGGGAAUAUG